ACUGUCGCAACCCUAACAAACCCAAAAAUCCUUUGACAAAAAUACCCUUACUACAAGGGAAACAAAAUUGAAAAAAGGAAAUUGACAAGUUACUUGGAUACUAAGCAACUACGUUAUUUCCUUUUUUACGACUCACCACUAUCGCUAUAUAUGUUCUACUAGCACUCUCAUUCUUUCCUUUAUUUCUUCUAGUUUAUCAUUCAUCAAACCCUAAGCCACCUGAGAGAAUCAACAAACGAAGAAAGAACAAGAUGAAGGAUUUGAUUGCUGCUGCCCUCAAGAGUACUUACGACACUCGGAGCCCCGGUGGAGUCGAACGAUGCAUCGAUCUGUUGAUUCGGUUGAAGUCUAUGUCUCUCUCAGUCAAGGACAUUCUUUACUUCUCCAAGUCGAUCUUCAAACUCGAGACUUUGAGAAGGCAUCGAAACCCUAGAAUCCGGGAAGUAUCUCACUCUUUGCUUACUUCCUUGUUGAAGACGCUCUACUCGCAAGGAUCAGACAAAUCUGCCGGUCUUAACGCAGUUAGUCUGAAGAGGAAAGAGGCAAAGACCGGGUCUUUGACGAAUAAAAGGGCAAAGACCAAUCUUUUGGUUUCGGACCAGAAACAAGAUCACAAAACUCUCGCUCGGGAACCUGUGGUAAGGAGGACUGAGACAAAGAAAACCGAUGCUUGCAAGUCUGUUACGACCAAGCCUGUUACUACCACGGCUCUUCCUCAGCAAUCGAGACGGGACAUCAAAGAUGGUAAGGUUACAACCAAAACCUUGAUUCCUCCUCCGAGGAGAGUCGCUGCUUGCAAAAACGUUCCAGCGAAAGCUUCUAGAAACCCUAAAACAGAGGAGAUGGUGGAGUUGUUCGAAGCAGCCAAGAAAGCGGCUGACGUGGCCAACGCUAAGGGUAUUCUCUCCGGCAAAGCAGACGCGUUGAGGUGUGUUGAAGCUAUCUCAUUACUCAUGAAGAUGAACGUCACUCCAAAACCUAAUGAGCCAAGGAGGAUGAUUGAGAGGCUGGAGAGACUUGCCAAGCACAAGGACCGUACGAUAUGCAGUGCUGCAACAGCCCUUCUUCAACUUUGGAGACAGAGGAUCAGAGAAGAAGAACGUAAAGAGUCUUCUGCCACCAAGAACCCUCGUAAAGCUCAAGGGACAUGCGGCAAAAAGGCUUCACAAGAGAAUCUACAAAGGCGAUGAAGUUAGUGAUGUGAAGAUUGUAGCUUUGAACAAAAGAAUGUCUCUGUUGGAUUCAAUAUAGCUUGUAGUAGUAAAUCAUUGUGUCAAGAGUAGUAUGAAAGUGAGGAAAAGAUGGAAACCAUUUGUAAGAAACUUAUUCAAUAGUCGUCAGUACAUAAGAUUUGUUUUGUUUCUUGUUAUGCUUCCACAGUUGCAUUGCAUGAGCAUGUUGUUUGAUAUUGAAGUUACUUAAGUCAGUGGUUCCAGCAACUCUGUUUUCAUAAAAUAGAUAGUUUAGAGUAACACUCAUCAUCCUAUAAUUAUCUCUAAGCUUUUUUUGCUUCGUGUUAAUAAAGAUAGUUUAUAUUGUUUUUUUUAUGGUUCAACAAUUGCAUUCGCAUUGCAUGAAUGCGUUGUUUGAUAUUGAAGUAGCUAUAUUUUCAGCUCCUAUGUUGUCAUUAAAUAGUUUAAAGUAACACAGAACAUAUUAGAAACAUAAUUAAACAACUUUAUUCUA